AUGAUAAGGGGAAGGUAUUUACAAUUUUUUUUUGCUGUUGCUGCUGCUGUUGUUGUUGUUGUGGUUGUUGAGGAAUUUCAUGACAGGAAAAAAAAAAAACAACAGGAAAUCAUAUCAAAUGAUUACUAUUUUACUUUACUUAAAGAAGAUCCCAUCACGACUCAGCCUACGUCUGGAAAAUCACCGCCAGGUACGCAAGAGGAUGAUUUAGACCAGCCAUUGGGCGAGUUCGAAGUUGGCGGAGGUAGCGGAGAUGUUGGAAAAGAACCAGCUGUAAUGGCACAACCUCAGCCAUCGGGAACUUCGACAAAUCCAUUCGUUAUGCCGGCACCGACUGCCAACGAAACGACGACGUUGAAUUUUCAAGACACGACCACUUAUACCCCAGGUACGGGUGAAGAAAAAUAA